UAUAUAUAUAUAUAUUAUACCCUAUAACACAUACCCUCUUAUAUUUUCUCUCCCCCACUAUUAACGAUACUACUACUACUACUACUACUAGUAUUACUAGUAUUAGUAGUAUUACGACAAAUUAAACAAUGAGAAUUCUCCGCUUCUUCUUCUUCCUCUUCGCCCUCUCUCUCAUCCCCCUCGCUGCGGGCGACGACGAUUGCAGCGCCGGCGACGGCGACCGCGACAGGUCCCGCGCGCUGCCGCUGAAGAUCGCGGCCUUCGUCUCCAUCCUCGUCUGCGGCGCCAUCGGCUGCUGCCUGCCGCACCUCAGCCGCACCGUCCCCGCGCUCCGCCCCGACCGCGACGUGUUCUUCGCGAUCAAGGCCUUCGCCGCCGGCGUCAUCCUCGCGACCGGCUUCAUCCACAUCCUCCCGGACGCGUUCGACGACCUCACCUCCGACUGCCUCGGCGGCGACGACAGCGUCUGGCAGAAGUUUCCCUUCGCCGGGUUCGGCGCCAUGGUCGGGGCGAUCGCCACCCUGAUGGUCGACACCAUCGCCACCGGCUACUUCAAUCGGAUGCACUCCAGGAAGAAGGCGGCGGCGGCGCCGGCGCCGGCGGGGGCGGUCGGGGACGAGGCGGCGAAGGUGCGCUAUUUGGAGGCGGCGGAGACGGCAGACGGCGCCGACCGCGGCGAUUACCUGCACGUCCACACCCACGCCACCCACGGCCACGCCCACGGCCACGCCGUGCCCGCCGCCGGCGACGGCGACGGCGACGGCGACGCAGCGGAUCAACUCAUUCGCCACCGCGUCAUCUCUCAGGUAUUGGAAUUGGGUAUUAUAGUUCACUCGGUGAUAAUUGGGAUCUCUUUGGGUGCAUCCGACAGCCCCUCCACCAUCAGACCACUCGUUGCUGCGUUGAGCUUUCACCAAUUUUUUGAAGGGAUGGGCCUUGGAGGCUGCAUUGUUCAGGCUAAGUUCAAACUCAAGUCCAUCAUCACAAUGGUGCUCUUCUUCUCUCUCACCACCCCCGGCGGGAUCGCGAUCGGCAUCGGCAUAUCGUCGGUCUACAACGAGAACAGCCCGACCGCCCUAAUGGUCGAGGGCCUUUUGAACUCCGUUGCCGCCGGAAUUCUGAUUUACAUGUCGCUCGUCGACCUCCUCGCCGAGGAUUUCAUGAACCCCAGGGUGCAGAGCAAAGGGAAGCUGCAGCUUCUGAUCAACGUAUGCCUGCUCACAGGGGCUGGUUUGAUGUCUCUCCUUGCAAAAUGGGCUUGAAGCGAUAUAUAUACAUAUGCAUAUACAUAAAUCCGCCCGAAUUGUCGCGAACAUUACAAUAAUAUUUUGCUUUCACCUUUGCUCAUAAUAUUUUUGUUUCAACAAAAAACAGAAUAGGAUUAUAACAUUUUUCACUUGAAAUUCUUUUCUGA